AUGUGUCAUCGUGGAGGUCGCAUUGUCCGUGAAACAUUUCAUGGGGACUUGGUAUAUCAGGCUGCAUUUGAAUAUAAUAUCAAAGGCACCGUCCCGUUUAAAUAUCGAAUAUUAGUGAAUGCCAAAUGCAAUAUAACCUGGACUCGCGAUGGAAGUGAAUGUGUGAUUGCUCUCCAUGAUGGCUCUUAUGCUUCAUGUGAUCCGGCAAGAGCCACAAUAAUCGAACGACCUGCCCAGGUAACGAGCUUAUCCACUUUCUCUAUAAUCGCACAAUUGCACGGUUAUAGUGGCAGUGAGAAGAUAGUUUUGUUUUCUGGUGGAAUGCCCCAUGCUUCAUACGGGGACCGAUUCGUCGUCACUGCCAGACAGGGCGACCGAACCUGUGUGUUUGACUUCGCUAGCCCCGUCAUAGAUUUCCUGCUGACCCGGGGCGCUGACGGAUAUCACAAUUGCGCCCUAGUUCUUACUGAAAACGAACUUGUAUGUAUCGAUUUGACGGAUCGUUGCUGGAGAGUUAUCCCUACAGAACAAAUGUUCCCACUGCAUGCUAGUCAGAUCACGACGUCUGCUCACUGUUCUCAUGUGGAUGAGCAUGUAUGGAAUAAGAUGAACAAGAUCUCAAGUGACUGCUUGCGCAAUAAUAGGAAAUACUCUUCAGCUGCCUGGCCACUGCAUGCCAAUGUUCCGUUGUCAGACGAAGGUCGCGUGCUUAAGGAGGCAACUAAAAGACAG